CAGUACAGAGAGGGGGCAUGGAGAUGGUCAGCCUGUGGUGAUCCUUCUAGGUUGGGCAGGCUGCCAGGACAAAUACCUGGCCAAAUACAGUGCAAUCUACAGUCAGAAGGGGUGCACCGUCAUCCGCUACACGGCUUCAUGGAGGAUGAUAUUCUUCUCUGAGACCUUUGGCAUCAGAUCCCUCCAGACCCCAGCCAGGCGACUCCUGGAGCUGCUCUUUGACUACAGCGUUGAAAACAGACCGGUUCUUUUUCAUGUUUUUAGCAAUGGUGGUGUCAUGCUGUACCGUUACAUCAUCGAGGCGCUCCACACUCACAAGCCAUUUAAGAACCUCAAAGUGGCAGGCACCAUUUUCGAUAGUGCCCCUGGCAGAAGAAACUUGAGAGGAGGUCUUCGUGCCUUGGCAACUGUCUUGGUAUCCAGGAAUGUGCUGCUCAAGUAUUUCCUCCUAUUUGCUUUUGCUACUACAGCUGUCGUGCUGCGGAUCUUGCUGUACCCAUUGACCCGCUUCAUCCACGAGAACCAUUACGAUGCCCUGCUGAAAGCGCCCUCGCGCUGGCCUGAGCUUUACCUCUAUUCCCAAGCCGAUGCCAUCAUCAAGGCCAGCGAAGUUAAGCACAUGGCUGAUGCCCGGCAGCAGCUGGGUGUCUCCGUGAAAGCUGUAGACUUCUCGGAUUCGGCUCACGUCAGCCAUAUGCGGGCGUAUCCCACCUAUUACGGCAACCUCUGUACGACUUUCCUGUCUGACUCUGUCGGGGGCUCACCUCGUUAGUGGCGUAAUGACCUCCAAUGUUUGCCUCUGCUUUGCUCAGCUUGUAUGGGAAAUGUCACUCCCUUUGUGUCUUUGAAGGGAGGAAAGUAGAGACUCCUUAGCUUUUUUUU